ACGGCCAAGGGUUGGGUCAGGGUUCCAUCCAAACCGAAAUCCGAGCCGAGUACUUGCCCAAAAUCCCGACCGGCCUCCCCUUCUCCGUCUCCUCUCCCAUGGAGAUGCUGCGCCACCGUAUUCUCCGCCGCCACACGGCCGCCUCUUCGCCACCGUGGACAUGGACGCCGUCUCCGGCCUCCUCCCCGCUCUCGACCAUCUAAAGGAGCUGCUCCUCCUUGGCCGCCUCCGCCCCCUCCCAACGGAUCCCUCCUCCCUCGUUGCCCGACCGCCUCCGCUCUUUCUCUGCCGCCCUCCUCCCGCCGUCUUCUCAAUCGACGCCCCGACGGACAGGGGUUGUAUCUCUCGCGCGAAAGACGGAUUCACCUCCUUCGCGCUGGUCUACCGUUGGAUCGCGAGAGGACGCUUCGAGAUCUGUGCAGCAGAUGGAUUUCGUACGAUCCAACGGUCAAAAGUCGAAAGAAGAUCAAUCACUAUUUUGCGCGAAAGAUACGACCCGGACGCCAGUCCGAUGGCAUUGAGGAGCGGAGACGCCGGUUCAUCAAAUUGGGUUAAAAAAGCGGAUGCGAAAAUCCAGAUGCAGAGAAGUUCAACUUGAAGAGCACGUCGCGAGAGGUCCGAAGGCAAGCUAGGAGGCCUGCAGCGCACGGCCCAGGCCCAGCACGGGCGCAGCCCAGCGCGCGGGCAUGUGCAGGCGCACACAGGCUGGCCGCGGGCGCGUGGCCCAGUGCGAGCACAUGCGGGCCAGCUCAGUGGGCACGCAGGGUGCAAUGCUCGUUUCUCCUUGGUUUUGCAUGAUCCACCGUGGAUCAGCGCGUUUCGCUGCUCGUUACUCCCGAUCUACUGCGGUGCAUGGAGAUCCUGAGCAUGAUCGGAUGGUUGAUAAUGCAUAGAAGCUUGAUCUUGUGCGAUCGUAUGGAUAGAGAAGAAGCGGACGUGAUCCAACAAACAGUAACACUAUUUGAGCCCUGUUGAAGCUAUGAUUCCGAUUCGGACGUGAAUUUGGGCCUAUAAAGAAGGCCUAAUGGCUUGAGGAGAUAGGUGUGCAGUCGAGAAGAGACCUUGUAGUCAGCAGAGCAGACGUAGGCAGAACAUCGAGGGUCAGUGGCAGAGCAGAGCAGCAGCGUGUCCUCGAAUGGCCGUGUGAGUGGCCGUGAGGUAUAAUGUAGCGGCUACAGGUCUAUAAAAGAAUCUCCUUAAAGAAUUUUAUGAGAGCUUUUGUGAGGGUGAGUACUUUUUGUUGAAAGAGG